AAGAAAGAGAAUCCACCGGUUUUAUCUGAAGAGGAAAAAACUUUGAUAUUAAACUCGUGGAAAUUCAUCAAAGAUGAUAUUGCUAAAGUUGGAAUUUUUACUUUUAUAGGACUGUUCGAAAGUCACCCGGAUAUAAAACAUGCCUUCGUGUCGUUUCGUGGUCUACAACCCAAGGAAUUGAACAAUAGCUCUGUAUUGCGAGCUCAUGCAUUACGUGUGAUGACCACAGUUGAUAAGUGCCUGUUUAGAUUUGAUAAUUUAGAGAAGGUGGAAGAACUGAUGAAGUCUCUGGGAUGUCGACAUGGUCAAAGUUAUCAGGUUGUACACCAACAUUUAGAUUUGAUGGCCCCCCAUUUUAAUUAUGCAAUCAAACACAAUUUAAAGGAUCAAUGGUCGCCGGAAUUAGAAAGCGCUUGGGACAAACUAUUCAAACUAAUGAUACACUAUAUGAAAAGCGGUAUG